AUGUGCUACUACAACGAGAAGUUGUUCGGUGAUUACAUUGCCCUAUUGGUGGACCGCAUUUUUGCCAAUUGUUGCAAACCAGCGGUCACUGCCUACUUGAACACGUCGUACAUCCAGUCGGUUCCACCAACAGCUCCGAUACUUCUUCGAGCAUGGCCUGUUAGGGUGGAAAUUUCAGCAAAGGUUCCUCAAGACUGGACCGAGGCGACCAAAACGGUUGCUUUGUUUAUAAAGCCGAAGGAUCAGAGUUCUGAGUGUCGCAGGUACAUGGAAACCGACUCGCAUCGAGGUCCUCUGAUAAGACAGUCAGGAUUUGGGAUCCGGUCGCCAGCCAGUGCGUGUCAAUCACCCAAGGAUGGGGUGAUAUGUUUAGCUCAAUUGCCUGGUCGCAAGAUGGAAGUCGACUCGCAUCAGAGUCCUCUGACAAGACAGUCAGGAUUUGGAAUCCAGCCAAUGUGUAUUGACUCUUAA